GGAUGACCUAAGGGCGACGAGUGUGGCGUGUAGGCAAUGGCCGCGGGAGCAACAGCAGGGCGGACCGUUCCCCAUUGUUUGGAUGGGGGUGAAUCCUCGAUCUUCUUCUCCCAUGUACCCGAGUACAUCUGCUCGCUGAUUCCUCCGCCGGGCGCUGCGCAAGGUGGCGAAUCGAGCGUCUCCGCCCAAGCAGGCACCACCGACCCCCCGGGAAUAGGUGCUGCAGGCUCUGGCUUUGACGCCGUGUCCGGGGAAGAAGGGUCGAGCCACGAAGGGUUCGGCGGCGACGAGCUGGGCUGUAGCAUGGACGAGCGCCUGUCCCCAAAUCUCGACUGUGCUGCUGCCCCAUGUGCUACAAGGUCGGCGUCCAUGAGGGGGGCAGCGACGAGGACGACGCCGGGAUCGGGAAGUCGAGUUCAGUAAAAAAAAAAGUUUAGAGGUCGGAGCUGAUCUGAUGUUCGAGUUGGGCCACCUAGAGAUAUUGGAGCGGUGGAAUUAGCCAUGAGGAAUUCAUCAACAAGGACAACAAAAUACAUCCUGGAGCCAGUUGUCGGCACUUGUUUCGAUCCCGUUGCAGAAGCAUACGAGUUCUACAAUCUGUAUUCAUGGGAGGUUGGUUUUGGCAUCAGAUAUGGACAUAGCUACAUAAACGGUGAAAACUACAGGUCACCACAGGACAUUAUAUGCCAGCUAGAGGGGUUUGACAAGAGGGACAAAAACGAAUCACCUAGGUGUGGAUGCAAGGCGAUGAUCCGUCUACACAGGACAGGUGACCAUGGUUGGUUUGUGGAGACAAAUCGGCCAGACCACAACCACCCACUGGCUGAAAAUUGCGGAGAGAAAAUGCAACGGAACUCACACGAAGGGAUUGACCAAGCAACGAGAGACACUGUCCGCUACCUGAGAGAGAACAAUGUCAGCCUCAGCAAAGUGCAUUGUAUUCUGGUGGGAGAACCGAUGCUGGAGCUGGUAUUCUUCAGAAGAAGCCACGAAGGCAGAACAAAUGUGGCACCUGUAGAGGCACCGGCCAUAACUCUGCGACAUGUACUGCUGGUGUGGAAGUACCAGAUGCUUAAUGCAAGGACUGCAACUAUAGUUGCAGACUAUUGUAAUUUUCUUGACCUUAUCUGUUGCAUUUUCAGAUGAACUCUGCAAGGCCAUAUCUUAGCUAUUGUAAGGGAUUUCUAUUGUAAUUUUCUUGACAUUUUCUGUUGCGUUUCCAGUUCAGCUCUGCAAUGCCAUAGCUUAGCUAUUUUGUCGGUUGAGACAUGAGAUUGCUCAAUUAUGUGGUGUGCACUUUGCACUAUGUUCCAGCAA